AUGAACUGUCCUCUGGACGAGCUCGUCCUCUGUCCAAAUGCCACGACGGCGACAAACACUGUCUUGCGAAACUUCCGAUGGGAAGAUGGCGAUAAGGUUAUCUACACUUCGGGGGUUUAUGGUGCCCUUGAAAAAACGAUUGAGAGCAUCCUGGAGGACCCGAGGCCUGUUGGAAUCAAGGUAGACCUUGACUUGCCCAACUCACCCGAGGAAAUUGUCUCUCGCUUCAGGGCGGCCUUACAGAGGGAAAAGACCCUAUGCGAGCUGACAGGCAGAGGCACGGUCCGCUUGGCCAUUUUCGACACCAUCGUGAGCAUGCCUGGUCUGCGUAUGCCUUUUGAGCAAAUGACACAAGUGUGUCGAGAAGAAGGUGUCCUCAGCAUGAUUGAUGGUGCCCACGGACUCGGCCAUCUAGACAUCGACCUCGCGAAGCUAGACCCAGAUUUCUUUACAUCCAACUGCCACAAGUGGCUCUUCGUUCCCCGAGCUGUCGCUGCCUUCUUCGUUCCAAAGCGCAAUCAGCAACUGAUUCGGACAACGCUACCCACAUCGCAUGGGUUUCAACCGCAAAAGAAAGGCCCGGUGCACGAUCCUAUGCCUUCGUCAGCCGAAUGUAACCCGAUGGCCAAGCAGUUCGAGUAUUUUGGCACCAUGGACGGCGCGCCUUACUGCUGCAUCGAUGAAGCCCUGCGUUUCUUUGAUGUGGCAUGCGGGGGGCACGAAGCCGUGCGACUCUACUGCACCGACCUGGCCAGGCGGGCGGAGGAGCUUCUCGUGAGAACCCUCGGGACAGAGAGUUUUGGCAUCUCAGAAGAGGAGCGGGUCUUUUUCGCCCAGGUCAGGAUGCCGAUCGAGGUGGGCGACGACCAAGACCGCGGCCAGGUGCCCGAAGGCGACGUGGCUCUGGUGACUGAUUGGAUACACAAAAUCUUUACGGAAGAUUACCAGACAUAUCUCUAUCUGCUGUACUACCGUGGUGGAUGGUGGGCUAGACUGAGUGUGGCUGUCUAUGUUGACUGGGAGGACUGCGAGUAUGCCGCUCGAGUUUUGAAGGAGGUAAGCGAGAGGGUGAGAAAGGGGGAGUAUAAAUAA